AUGGAGCCCCAGGCACUAACAGAAGUAAAGGUCCAUCUGCCUGCUGCCCGUGCCACAGUCACCAUGCCUCGGGGUCAGAAAAGUAAGCUCCGUGCCUGGGAGAAAUACCGCCAGGCCCAAGAAGAAGAACUGGAGGAUCUGGGUCCUGAGGAAGCCCCAUCCAUGGGCGCUACUGCUGCAGCUGCUUCAUAUGCACCAUCUGAUGCGGGCGCCAGCUUCCAAGAAGGUGGUUCAAGAUUCUCAUGGAACCCAACUGUCACUGAACCCAUCCACAGAGGCCCUAUAGAUGAGAAGGUUUUUUUGAUGGUGUAUUACAUGCUAUACAAGUAUGAAAUGAAAGAGCCCAUUAGCAAGGGAGAUAUGCUGAGAAAUGUAAUCCAGAUGUACACCAGUCACUUCCAUGAGAUCCUCAGCAGAGCUUCUGAGCAUAUGGAGCUGAUCUUUGGCCUUGACCUGAAGGAAAUGGAUCCCAACAGGCACAUCUAUGUCCUUGUCAACAAACUGCAACUAAGCCAUGCAAGCCUGGCAGAUGAGACAGGGGUGCCCAAGACUGACCUGUUGAUGACAAUUCUGGGCGUGAUCUUCAUAAGGGGUAAUUGUGCCACUGAAGAGGAAAUCUGGCAAAUAUUAAAUGUGAUGGGGUUAUACGAUGGAAGGGAACACUUCCUCUUUGGGGAGCCCAGAAAGUUCAUCACUGAAGAUUUGGUGGAGGAAAAUUACCUAGAGUACCACCAGGUGGCUGACAGUGAUCCUCCAUGUUAUGAGUUCCUGUGGGGCCCACGAGCCCAUGUUGAAACCAGUAAGAUGCAAGUCCUAGAGUUUUGGGCCAAAGUCCAUGAUACCACUCUUAGUACCUUCCCAGUCUGGUACGAAGCAGCUUUGAAAGAUGAGGAAGAGAGAGUCCAAGCCAGAGCUGCAGCCAGGGCUAGUAAUGCUGCCAGGGCAGAUGCCCAUGCCAAGGCAGAAGCUCGUGCCAAGGCAGAUGCUUGUGCCAAGGCCAAGGGCAGCAGCUCCUCCCGAUCCUUUAGGAAAGUCUGA